GGUGACUUUGGCGUGGGGCGCGCAGAAGGCCCGGCAGGCUCUCCUUGUCUUCCUCGGCUGUUUAACCUCUGGUUCCGUACAUUACAAGACCGAGUUAAUUGAACCAAGGAUACAACACCCCGAUUCACUUGCUCCUUUGCGGAAGCGUACAAAGUCAUCUCAACAACUACAUCGACAGCGGUUCAUUAACCAUCCGCGCAUCUGUGCAUCAAGCGUCCCCGAAUUCACAUGCUCAUGCAGCCAUUCCUUCGAUAGAGGCUACACGAAUUUUCUCUACACAUAAGCAAAGGUGCAAAAACAUGGGUGCUACAGAUCCCACAAAUGAUGCCGUCGAGAAGAAAGAUGAGGUGGUAAAGCCGAUAGAUCCUAAGGCCUCCGUGGAAGGUGCCGACGAGUUCCCAGAUCCGGAUGAGGAUGACCUCGACGACUUGGAUGAUAUGCUCGAUGACUUCUCAGCAGCUAAAAUCACGGACGACAAGGCUCAGAAGCCUGCUGCCGCCUCGGCUGCCGAGCCGAGUGAAAAGGAAGCAACGUCUUCCACGCAAGCCAAAGUUGGUGAGGAGGGGGAGUUUUCCGAGGAAGACUUCGCCAAGCAGCUCCAUGCAGGCAUGGCGGACCUCCUAGGAGAUAUGGACAAGAAUCCCGAGAUGCAGAAGGAAUUCGAGAACAUGCUCAAGCAGUUUAGCACCGCUGCUGAAGCCGCCACUGAUGGCGACGGCAACCCAACCACUUCGGCAGCCGGUGGCGAUGCAUCAUUCCAGGACACAAUUCGCCGCACUAUGGAGCGGAUGCAGAGCUCUGGCGACCAAGCCACUGCAGCCGCAGCAUCUGGUGGCGCCGACGACUUCAUGUCAGAGCUGCUGAAGCAAAUGUCGUCGGGUGAAUUUGGCAAUGGCGAAGGUAGCGACGAAGACUUUUCCAAGAUGCUCAUGGGCAUGAUGGAGCAACUGACUACAAAGGAAAUAUUAUACGAACCCAUGAAGGAUCUACACGAAAAGUUCCCUGAAUGGAUGGAGAAGAACAAAGCUGCUACCCCAGCCGAUGAUCUGAAGCGAUAUGAAGAACAACAGACACUUGUAAAGGAGAUUGUGGAAAGAUUCGAAAAGCCUGGGUAUGCGGACACUAACAGCGAAGACCGCGAGUAUAUUAUUGAGAGAAUGCAAAAGAUGCAAGAUGCUGGCUCCCCGCCUGCGGAUCUCGUAGGUGAUAUGCCAUCGGCGCAGGAAGCUCUAGGCGGUGCCGACGAAUGCAACCCUCAAUAGAAAACGGAGUGUAUCGCUGCUCAAAAACUGUCCUUGUUUCACUUUACAUCUGGGAAUCUGACCAAGAUACGAAGUUAGUUGGAUAAUGUGUCACAAAAUAAUACAUUGUUGUCAAUGCUGUCAUGGUCAAUCCAUAUGACAGCUUACUCCAGCCAAACUAAAAAUAGAAAGAAGCAAAAUACGCCGCCAUGUCCGUUAUAUACAAGUAAUCAUGUUAUGUACACGGGUUUUAGAUGCCGUCUUAGUUCAUUUCCAUUUCAUCCGCGGCUUGACGCUGCUGCUGCCCGUAUUCUUCUUGAGCAAUGAGGUCGUCAAAGAUGGAAUCGUCAAAGUCAUCCGAGAAAUCUGGCGAUGGAGGUCGCCACGCUUGCUCCGACUCAAAGGCAGCGACCAUUUGAUCAUCGAAAGUGCUAUAGUCCUCCUCCAUGGCAAUUUCAUCUUCUGGGAUUGGGGGGAGAUGUUCGUCUUCAAACUUCAUGGCUUCUUCAAUGUCGUCAUCGCCCACUACAG